AAGGGACGCAACAAAUUCACGGAUGAUGCUUCUCAAACUGAGCCAUUCAGAGACAGAUCAAUUCCUCACCAAUGGCUGCAACAUCCUUCUCCUACACUGCCUGCACUAAACUCUCUGUAUUACGCCCGCCCUCCGGCCAAUCCCGACCGCCAAGAACGAUGAAAACGUUGUCGGUCUCUAACCCCGAACAAGAAACGGUCAGAAACGAAGAAACGGAACCCGAAAAGACAUCAGAGGACACAACAGAGCAGAAGAAGCCGUUGAGGCCGGUGGAGCCGCAGUUGAACGUCAAGAGCAAGAACAUGACGAAAGAGUACGGCGGCCAGUGGCUGAGCAGCGUGACGAGACAUGUCAGGAUCUAUGCGGCUUACAUCGAUCCAGAGACUUCGGAGUUCGACCAGACGCAGAUGGACAAGCUGACACUGAUUCUUGAUCCCACCGAUGAGUUCCUCUGGUCGGAUGAGAGCUGCAACAAGGUCUAUUCUUAUUUCCAAGACCUCGUCGAUCACUACGAGGGAGCGCCAUUGACGGAGUACACGCUUCGGCUGAUCGGUUCGGACAUCGAACACUACAUAAGGAAGAUGCUGUUUGACGGAGAGAUUCAGUACAACAUGGACGCACGAGUCCUGAACUUCAGCAUGGGCAAGCCUCGAGUGGAUUUCAACAGCAGCAACAUCACAGACAACUAAGGCCAAUUAUACACCCAAGAGGCACUGUGAUUAUAUUAUAUUAUACAUGCCUCAAGGAUUUGUGACCUUUUCUUCACAACAUAUAUAUAUAUAUAUAUAUAUAUAUAUAUAUAUAUAUAUAUAUAGUUUUCGUGUUUUUUAUUUUUUUGAAAUAUUAACUGUUCUCGUUCCAUGCAAAUGCUUUAUCAUAGUUCGA